AUGCGCUCCUCUACUCUCCUGGCUCUUCUGCCCUUUGCGUUUGCCGCUCCCGCAACCCGCUCCGGUCCUGCCCCGAUUCUGGUGCCUCGCGGCGCCAAGGUCAUUGAUGGCAAAUACAUUGUCAAGAUGAAGGACUCCGUUGGUGCCAAAGCCAUGGACUCUGCUAUUUCCUCCAUCUCGGCGAACGCGGACCACACCUACACCUCCUUCAACGGGUUCUCUGCUAGCCUGACCACCGAGGAGGUUGAGAAGCUCAAGAACGACCCUUCUGUCGAGUUCAUCGAGCAGGAUGCCAUUGUGACGAUUUCUGCUACCCAGGAGAAUGCAGACUGGGGUCUGGCGCGCCUCUCUAACCAGAAGCCUGGCAGCAGCACCUACACGUACGACGAGUCGGCUGGUGCGGGCACCUGCGCAUACAUCAUUGAUACCGGAAUCUACACCAACCACACUGAAUUUGAGGGCCGUGCCAAGUUCCUCAAGAACUUUGCUGGGGAUGGCGAGGACACUGACGGCAAUGGCCACGGUACCCACGUCUCCGGUACCAUUGGAUCGAAGACGUACGGUGUGGCCAAGAAGACCACUCUCUUUGGCGUCAAAGUCUUGGAUGCUCAGGGCUCGGGUUCCAACUCUGGCGUGAUUGCCGGCAUGGACUUUGUUGCCAAGGACGCCGCCUCCCAGGACUGUCCCAAGGGCGUCGUCGUCAACAUGUCGCUCGGUGGCCCAACCUCGGCGGCCGUGAACCAAGCAGCCGCCAAGAUCACCGGCGCCGGGCUUUUCCUCGCCGUCGCCGCCGGCAACGAAGCCACCGACGCCUCGUCCUCGUCGCCUGCGUCUGAGGAGAGCGUCUGCACCGUCGGCGCGACCGACAAGCAGGACAACCUGGCCGAGUACUCGAACUUCGGCAGCGUCGUCGACGUUCUGGCCCCUGGCACGGAUAUCAAGAGCACCUGGCUGGGCGGCAAGACCAACACCAUCUCUGGCACAUCCAUGGCCAGCCCUCACGUUGCUGGUAUUGGUGCAUACUUCCUCGGCAAGGGUCAGAAGGUCGCUGGCUUGUGCGAGUACAUCGUCAAGAGUGGUCUCAAGGAUGUUAUCCAGGGAGUCCCCCAGGACACCGCCAACGUCCUGAUCAACAACGGAGAGAAAUAG